AUGGUGCCGAGUAAUUUGUCAAACACUGCGUCGGUGAUGUCGUGUUGUGUCGUCGCUUUGGGGUAUCCUCUCCAGGGUGCAGGUCUGGGCAAGGAUGACGUGGAAGAUAAGCGUUUUCCCAUCCAGCAGGUCCCCCUCUCCAUAUUGUUGACGAUUUACUCGCUUAGGAAUCUAGGUGGUAUCAGAACAACAAGAGACCAACAUGCAAUAUCGACAGUGAUGGUCAAGACGGGCGCAGCGGCAGUGACUGUAGUGGCACUGGCACUGUUGGCGAUCCAGGAGAGCAGUGCCACGCCGCUUCCGGUCCGGGUGUCGGCGAAAGCGAGCUACAAGGAGAGGCUGGUGGCGGCGCGCGAGCUCCUUCGGGAAUCACCGCUCAUCGACGGACACAACGACCUGGCAUGGAACCUGCGCAUGUUCCUGCACAACAAACUCCACUCCUUCAACCUGUCAGCCGACCUCGCGCAGGAGAAACCCUGGAUGAAAUCUCCCUUCUCGCACACGGACCUGCCUCGUCUGCGCAGAGGUCAUGUGGCAGCACAGUUCUGGUCGGUGUACGUGCCGUGUGAGUCGCAAUAUCUGAACACCGUGCAGCUUCUGAUGGAACAGAUCGACGUCAUCAAGCGCAUGAUCGCCGCCAGCCCCGAGGAAACGACGCUGGUCACCUCCCCAGCAGGCAUCGAGGCUGAAUUUCACAACGGGCGUGUGGCGAGUCUCAUGGGCGUGGAAGGCGGCCACAGUUUAGCGAGCAGCAUGGGCGUUAUGAGGGCGCUGUACGAUCUGGGCGUCCGAUACAUUACCCUCACACACAAGUGCCAUACGCCAUGGGCUGAGUGUUCGGAGACGGGUGGACCGGCGGCGAACUCCCGAGGUCUCACACCCUAUGGCAAGCUUGCCCAAGCCUGUGCAGUUAGCUAG